UAGUGGUUUAAUUCCCUCGUUCUGGCUUUGUGUACGGUUAACAGAAGACAUGAAGGGGAAGUUCGUCUGCUGUUUUCUAGCUGUGCUGCUUCAGUUGUUGUCUGUCCGUGGACAGAACAACCCGUGCGUGGACACAACUGGCAUGGUAAUGAUGGCGGGCUCACAGUGCGGACAGUUCCACGCCUGCUACAGCGGAAUUCUCUACAAGACCGUGCUAUGUCCGGAGGGUAUGGCGCUGAAUUCCACCAGACAGAGAUGCACAGUGGACGCCUUCGACAAAUGUGUCGCCUCGAUGACCAGGUCGUUUCAGUGCCCGAGAGACCUGGAAAGAGCAUUCUACCCUGAUUAUUCCCUCGGCUGCCCAACACGGAACUUCUUCUCGUGCAGGUAUGGUGAGAUCGAGACAGGCCACUGUCCGUCUGGGAAAGUUUACGACGAAGGCACGGACACUUGCAGCGCCGAGGUUACAUGCAGCAGAGCCGCCCAGUGCGACUCGACGACGACGUUUGCCAUAUACGCCGACUACAACUCCGGCUGCCCUCCAACGGGAUUCUUCGUCUGUUUGUCUGGAACAGUGUUCGCCAACACCUGCCAAGAGGGACUGUUUUACAACGAAGGUGUGAAAAAUUGUGACUAUGCGCGCAAUAUUCCCUGUGCGCAAAAUGUGAAACACUGAACCUUUUUGGUAUGUGCGGAUAUAUCAGCAACCAAUGUCUAUUUCGUCCUACUUUGUUGACUAGGUCCCACUAAGAAGUGUUGGCAGCCGUUCGUCACUUCAAAACCUAGCUAUCGUUGGAUAUGAAUAUGUGCGUUGUCAAUUGGCCAUAUUAUUUAAAUUAAUAUUACUGGUGAUAAUUAGGAUAUUCGUGAAACAUGCUACCAUUUAAUAUGAAGUGUAGCCUAUGUCUCUGAUUAAAUAUUUUUCAUUUGUCACGCGAUAGUGAAGCUUGUGAAAUGAAAACUUCGACAUAAAUUUGAUACGAAAUUGAAGCCUGUUAAUUUAGUUCACAGGCACAGAUUGUUGGCGUGGGUGUUAAGGUUUUACACCCAUUCACCACUUAUCUUGGAAAUAUCCCCAAAAGCUAGCGGUUAACGGGUGAAUAUUUAAUGAAUGCAUAAUAUGCACAGUGUAAUUUAAAAUAUUAUGAGGUGUCUCGUUGCGAGUCACUUUGGUUAAUGUCAUGUUGAUGUUUUGUUUAGUUCACAAUCUGAUUAAAAUUAGCUCUACUGGGUCUACCACCAGUAGAUCUAACAGCAUU